AUGACAAGAAAAAGGAAAGUUGAUGCGGCCGCUGACGAUAUUGACCAGAAGAACGGCAGGCUGAGCAACUAUGGUUAUCAGACAAAUGAACAACCAUCGUCAAGCACCACUGAUGAUGGACGGAAACGCACUUUUCCACAGAAGGAACGUCACGGUUCUUCCCACCAAGCAAAUCACAGUUACAGUUUUAAAGACAGAAGUAGUCAUUACGGCGGUGGCGAUCAUAGUCAGGAUAAUGGCUACUACAAUAGCGCAGAGGCGAUGGCAGAAGAGGCUAAUGAUCAAGGGAGCACAGAAGCUUAUCCUAGUGAAUUAGUGGCGUAUCUGAAGAACAUCGAGCAGAUGAAAUUGACUGAAGGACGUAUAGGUUAG